CUUCUUUGUGGUCGAAACCCUGUCGGGAUAAUAGCCGCCUUCAUGUUGUUUGCUGCAGACUGACUGGACCCUCAACACCUACAUCCACAAAGGGUUUUACCACUCCAUUGGCAAGGCUGAAUGUGAGGAUACGCGGGGUUUUGGAUUAGGCAGAUAUGUGACCACGCACCGCCCGCCAAGACGUAUACGGCAGUGCAUUGCAUUGCAUUACAUUGUGGCAUAUCUACAUGUAACUUGUCGACAUCACUGGAACUCUGGAUAUUCGGCAAGAUAGCCCUGCAGCUUCCACAACCACAUCUGCAGCUGUUUGGUCCUCGCCCGCGACAACAAAAAGAAAGCCCCUUCUCUGAAGAUCACAGACUCCGCACGAAGUCUCUCGACUGCCUUGGCCCCGAGCAGCCCGUUCAGGUCGUGUACGGGCAGAGCCGUGUUGCGCCUGACAUUUGGGACCGGAAUGAUCUCAAACUCCUUCGGCGGCGGCGCGCUGUUCGCCUCGCCACCGCCAAGCCACAAGACACAUCCGCGGAACUCGUGCUUGGCCCAGUCCUCCGCCUCGAGACUUUCAGCUUGGCAACGCACUAUGUAAUGUCUGGGAUCCACCGGGUCAUCGUCGAACCUGGCCAAGUACAAGAGGCUCUUCAACACGCGCGCUCGCGUGAGGUCCAGCACGACCUCGUCCAUGUCGGCGCGCCAGACGGCACGCGCCUGGCGUGCGAAAUUCGCCAUUUUGGCGUGUCUGUUGCGGUACUGCUUGAGCCCCUGAGGUACCCCUUCGCCGCCGACAAGCGCCGUGAACAGGUCCCGUCGGAACAUGGCAUAGGCACCCGCGGUUUCGGGUCGGGAGGUAUUGGAGGGCUCCUUUGAAAGCUCCUCGGCGCUGGCAUCUGCCGGCGCUUCUGGUGAUUCUACCCCGUCGGCCUCUCCAUCAGGCGCAACUAUGGCCUCGUAUAUGCGGUCAGAAUUCAUUGUAGACUGCUCGCUGGCAGAACGGUCCCUUGUAGGUUGAUCGCUGCUCUGUAAUAGUGAGGUUGGCGUAAACCACGGGGCGUUCGUUUCGGGAUGGUUUACGAAGUGGAAGUCUUGAAAGAAAAACCUGGGCAGAAUCGUGUUUGUUGCCGCAUCCAGGCGAAUGGGGGUUCCCAGGGCCGUGGCUUUGCGUGGCGGCCGCAUGUCAGUCGCGGCUUAACUCCACUAGGGACCAGUGCGGACCAGGAGCACACUGACCAUAUGGGUUGUCCUCGAGCCGCCUUUCAAAUAUUCCAUUUUGGGACUUGUCGGCGGCGGGCUUAGGAAGCCUCCGCUUUCUCUGCGCCUUCAGACCGCGCUCGUCCAUAAGCGGGGAUAUUGGUAGAUCGCCGCUUGGGGUGGCGAUUGUUUUGCUGUCGGCGUCUAUACGAGGCCGAAGCUGAGUCUGCGCUAGGUCCCAGGUGACCUGGUCGGCCUGGCUGUCCUCCCCGAGCGGCCUCUUUCGCGGGAGGUCAUGGCUGGAGGGCCAGACCCGCCGGCUCUGGGAGCUCAAGAAACGUUUGCCGGCGCCCUGGAGGCUGCCAUGCAGAGACGCUGUCCCCCUCAUUGCGAGGUUAUUGGGAUACUGCAGAUCAUGGGUCUGGUAAAGGCCGAGUAUAGGUAGGCGCGAACGAGAUUCAGUUCGAGACAUCAGCCGACAAAAAAGUGCUCUGGUGGAUGGAAGCCAGGGAUGGAAACUAGGGCGGCUUAAUCGAUAACAGCAUCGAGCUGCACCCACCUGCCGCCCCACUUCAGCUCCCAAGCUUCAGCCCAGCGUCGCAACUCCGCCUCGAGCUCCGUCGCGCUUCCUCCCCUUCCUCCCUUGAGGUUGUCCUACAUCCUUCGCUACUUCGGCCUGCAGCGCCGAGCACGAGACCGCACAGCUAAUCCGCACCACAUACACGAUAUGAGUCUACCAAGUAUAUUUCGGGCCGCUGCCGGGAGGUGUGCGUCGUCAAUUGGGCCACGGACAGUGCGGGGCGGUUUCGCUUGCCCAAGGAGAUGGCUCUCCAGCCUGCCGCCGCAUGGAGGAGUACCCGUCCCGUUCAUCACAGAAGUGACUGCUGGCGGCUGGCGAACCUCCGACAUAUUCUCCAAGCUCCUCCAGGAGCGCAUCAUCUGCCUCAAUGGCGGGGUUGACGACAGCACCUCGGCGGCCAUAGUGGCGCAGCUCCUCUGGCUCGAGUCGGACGCGCCGCACAAGCCCAUCACCAUGUAUAUCAAUAGCCCCGGCGGCCAGGUGUCGUCGGGCCUGGCCAUCUACGACACCAUGUCGUACAUCUCGUCGCCCGUCCACACCGUCUGCGUCGGCAUGGCCGCCUCGAUGGGCGCCAUCCUGCUCCUGGGCGGCGAGAAGGGCAAGCGCUACGCCCUGUCGCACAGCCAGAUCAUGGUCCACCAGCCCCUGGGCGCAACCAGCGGCCAGGCCUCGGACAUCCUCAUCUACGCGAGCCAGAUCACCCGCAUCCGGUCCCAGGUCAACGAGAUUGUGCGCCGCCACCUCAACGUUGCCGCGGACCGCGAGAGGUUCAGCCCCGAAGAGAUCCAGGACAUGAUGGAGCGUGACAAGUACCUGACGUCUCAGGAGGCACUUGGCCUCGGCAUCAUCGAUCAUGUCCUGACCCGCAGGGCCGACUCUGCGUCGGACAGCAGCAGCGCCGGCGGCGACGGGAAGACGGCGCCUAGUGGGAAGGACGACACCAAGUUGGACUAAUCACCCCAGAAUGCGAGGCUUCGCAGCCCGCCAAGUAGCAGUCUGUAGGCCAGAAAGAGGUGGAACGGCCUAGGAGGGGUAGAUUGCAUUCAACCCAUACGCUGAGGGCGAAAGCGUUAUCGAACCAGGGGCCGAUCACAGUACCCUUUAAAGUUGCUAUUCCCACGGCUUGGCCAACUUCUACCCGGACCACCUACGGCCUCGCUUCACGCCUACAUACCUAUAUGAAGCGCAUCCCGCGUAUCCAAUAACAAGACCCAUCCGCCAGUCUCUACGCAUGUUUUAGACCUCUUCACGACAAAGGCACACGCCCAAUCCUUGGAACUAGCCUACAGAUCUCCAGGAUAUUGAACGUUACGAGGGCCAAUAGGAAUGCUCUGUGGGUCGUAACAUUGAAUAUCCUGGAGAUCUGUAGCGGGGCUCGGAAGCCCGGGGUGUCAUCAAAAGUCCAUGUUCAUCAGACAUUCGGGUCCUUCAAUACGCGAUGCUAUAUAAAUAUAGUUAUACAACAUUUUCUGGUAUUUUUUCAACCGAUGGCGACUGGAAACUCGAAUUGCUCGACGAGUUGGUGUGGAAGCGGCGGUGGUAGCCGUGGCCACCCGCUCGACUGUCGCCUCCUCUCUCGCCCGGCACCGGCAUUCCUCCUUCCCUCUCCCCUUGAGGUUGCAUUUCGCGCUCCCUCCUGCCAGACUCCUGCCUCCCCUUCUUAUCUCUUGACCUGGGCCUGCUCUCGGAACCCAUUCCAACAAGGGUUUCCUCGUCCCGGUCUUCGUACGACACCGACACCUCGUAAGACCGCGAGUAUGUGAUGCCUCCUUUUACGGUGGCGGUAUCGUCGUCGAGCGAACCCCUGUCGACGGUCGAGUGGACGCCAAGCUCCCGCGCGGUGGAGCGUGACGUUUGCCGACCGUGCUUCUGGCCCUUCUUGCCGGGGCUACUCUCCAGCUCCACGGCGCCGCCGCGGCUCACCAGAGCAACGCCCGUACUUGGCCGCGAGAAACCCUUGCUCGGCCCGUUGUCCUGCGCCUUGGACCCGUAUCGGUCCGAGGAGCCGCCCAGGCGCGGGAAAAUGCGCACCAGCAGCAGACGCAGCGACGGAAGGCAAGCGCAUAUAAUGCCGACGUUGAUCUCGAUGGCGGACCAGUGGGUUAUAUCCCAGUGGUCCCAUGUCGGGUUGCUCGAGCUGGCGAACUCGACCAAGGACUGCAGCCGCAGGAUGCUGACCACGGUAACACUAUUGUUUUCGGCGGUUGUCAGCUGACCUGUUCUCCUUCAGAAAUACCUUUCAGGGGCAGACUCACAAGGUGCCAACGCCAAACAUCAUGCCGACGCCAACCUUCUUCUUCCAGUGGAGCUUCAGGUGCCUGAGCUGCGAUAGCGGCAGCGCCAGCAUCCAAAAGUCAAGGGCGAUGCUGAUGGCACCGUUAGCCCAGGGGAUGGCGUUGAUGUCGAGGCAGGUGCCAGUAUGCUCCGCAUCCCACCUCUGCCAGAAGAAUUCGACAGGUGCGCACUGGAAGACGCCGACGAAGAUAAAGACAAGGCCGUAGACGGCGUUGAAGGCCACGGUGCCCCAAAUCAUUCGGCGGAUACCCCUCGCGGGGAAGAUGCGGAGGUAGAAGAAGAGGAGCGACAUCUUGGUCAUGGAGACAAGGAAAAAAUAAACAAUUUCCAUGAUGAAAAACCACCGACCGAAUUCGGUGAUGGUUUCGGAGGACAGCGUCCACACGUCGAGCCCCAGCCCAUUCGCAAUGGCGCCGUGCACGAUGAUGACGGUGUUGGGGAUGCCCGCGAGCAACGUUCCCAUGAUGAGCCAGUCGUCGACGCCCAGGGGGCCACCCACGAUGAGCAGGCGCGCGGCCACGCGGACGGCGACGGAGACGCCCGACAGCGUGCCGAGGAUGAUUGCGGUGACGCGGAGCGGCUCCUGGCGGUCGCGCACCUCGGCCCCGCACGUCGUGGCCGUCAGGUUGGCCAGCUGGAGGCCCUGCUUGACGGUGCACGACUUUUGGACGCAGUUGGAGACCUUGCCCCGCAUCUCGGCGUCUGCGCAUAUGCACGCCCGGUCCAGGAACGAGCACUUGGAGGCGAUUAUUGCUGUUUGCAGACAUGUUGCCUGUUAUCAGUUGGAACGGCUUGUUAGCAAGACCGCCUUCUGACAACCCAUCCAUCUCUCUCCCUCUCCUCCAACACGGCUACGGUCUACCACCAGCACCGCCGCCACCACAACCACCCAUCCGAUCCAAACGUACCACACAGGGCGGGAGCAAGGCUAGUGGAGGUGUCGGCAUCGUCGGUGCCGUCGCGUUUGUCUGGGCUUGGGCCACCGCCGGCGCAACGGCCGACAGCAGCAGCGCUGCCGCGGCGAGGAGGAACCUCAUGAUCCCGUCGGAGAGGUCUCUAUAUCGGUCGGUCGGUCGGUCGGUCGGCCUCGGGUCGCGGGGGCACUAUGAUCGGCGGCAGUGAUCGCAGGUACGCUUGGCGAAGAGGUGACAAGGGAAGGAAGAUAAAAACAACCAAAAAAGGGAUGACGAAAAGAGUGUAAUUUGGGCAAGGGGGGUCUGGGCCGGCCUUAUGCCUUAUGGAAAGGUCAUUGCUUGCUACUCUACACGCCCGAUCCGAUGGGAGGACCCAGAACCUAGCGAUGGGGGGGUGGUUGGACGAUGGGAUGGGGCUGGGAGGGGGACGACGCGCUAUAGGGUGUAUUACGUCGUGAAUGUGGGUAUUAUAUACGGAAUACCCAACGAUUAAUACCCAGCCGUCAAUAAAGAAAAAAGCAACAUGGAGAAUCAAAAGAAGGACAAAGGAAGAAAACAGAGAAGACGGCUCCCAACGGAGUAAAAAAGAAAAUGGGGAAAGCGCAGGAUAACGAGCAGCAAAGGCGAAAUACCACCACCCCCUGGCCGACUAUCUGAUGUCCAUUUUCCGGAAAUGGAGCGGCCGCCCGAAGGAGACCAGGGGCUUCAGCUCACUCGGGUGGAAUGCCCACCUGCCUGUUCCUGCUAGUUCAACCGCCCAAGAUCCGAUCCCGGG